CGAACGACCUCGGAAGCGAAGACGAAAGCAUAAAAGGGGAAAGAGGCGAACGCUAGCUGGAACACACGUGUGUAAAAAUCCUUUAUACCAAAGCAUUCCUUCAUUUAAAAAAAAAAUGCUUUACUUGGUUGGUCUUGGACUUGGAGAUGCCAAAGAUAUUACAGUAAAAGGGCUGGAAGUAAUAAAGCAAUGUAGCAGAGUAUAUUUGGAAGCCUACACUUCUAUCCUCACUGUUGGAAAGGAAGCACUGGAAGAGUUCUACGGUAAAGAGCUGAUCCUUGCUGACAGAGAAAUUGUAGAGCAAGAUUCUGAUAGUAUCCUGAAAGAUGCACAUCAAACUGAUGUAGCUUUUCUUGUAGUUGGCGAUCCUUUUGGGGCAACCACACAUAGUGAUCUUGUUCUCCGGGCUGUCAAGCUGGGAAUUCCCUACAGAGUGGUCCACAAUGCUUCCAUAUUGAAUGCUGUUGGCUGCUGCGGUCUACAGCUCUACAACUUUGGAGAAACAGUUUCUAUUGUGUUCUGGACAGAUAUGUGGAAGCCUGAGAGUUUUUUUGACAAAAUCAUAAAAAACUUGAAAAAUGGGAUGCAUACUCUGUGCUUACUUGACAUUAAAGUAAAGGAGCAGUCAGUGGAGAAUCUCAUGAGGGGAAAGAAGAUCUUUGAGCCACCAUGCUACAUGAGUGUGAAUCAAGCAGCAGAGCAGCUUCUUGCAGUUGUUCAGAAUAGGCGGCUACAGGGCCAAGAGCCAGAAAUAACAGAAAACACUGUCUGUGUAGGCUUAGCAAGAGUUGGUGCAGUGGAUCAGAAGAUUGCUUCAGGUACUCUACAGGAAAUGACUACAGUGGCAUUUGGCGAUCCUCUACACUCUCUGAUCAUAACUGGAAUAUUGCAUCCCCUGGAAGUGGACAUGCUUAAACUCUUUGCAGUAGAUAAAUCCAUCUUUGGACAUCACUGAAUUGGAAACUCUUUGUACCCCUACUAUGAACUGAAACUGGUAAAAUCCAUUAGUAAUAAAGGCUACUCUGCAAAGAAGUAACCCAUGUCUUGCCAAAGAAGACAGCUAGCAAGCCCAGUUGUGAUUCUUUAUGGCUCAGGCUCACUGCUUACAACUUUUAAAUGUUUUGUUACUUGACAGAAUUAGAAUAAAA